AUGUCAAACAACAUGUUCGACCCGGCUCGCGACGCACAAUCGUCGCAAACCAUCCCGCCGACUCCACCAGUCGCCCAACCCGUCCAACACGGCAUGCACUUUGUCGACCCCAACACCGGACAAACCUACAUUGCCGCUGCCCCUCCGGGCCAUGGUGCUGAGAUGGCAUGGGGUGGACACGGCUAUCACCCCUACGAGACUGGAUAUUACGCUCACCCACACUACGCACACCCACCUCCUCCAGUCUCCCAACAAGCGACCCCAGUCCCAGUCGCUGCUCAACAACCCGUCGUGGAUCCCUAUCUCGCCAUGCACCCAGACUUUCGACAAUCCCAACAACCACCCGUGACCCCGACACUCCCUGCCGCCGCCGAGCAAGAAUCCACUCAACUCGCUGCUGAGCCUCGGAGCUCGCCGUCGCAGGCGAGGGGAGGAGCGAUGGCCAUUGCGAGUUUGUUGGCGGAUGAUGGCGCGGCGGAUAUGUCGAAGCCAGUUGCUGCGAAGAAAGUUUUGAAAACGAUGAAACCGUCAAAGAAGGAGAAAGCGGAGGUUAGUACCCCGGCGACCGGGGAGGCAAAGGACGCAAUCGGUGGGAAGCGGAGUGCGAGGAAGGUGAAGAAGGUCGAUGGACAUGAGGCAAACGGCAGCACACACCCCGACCUCGAAGAAGACCCAGACUACGACUCGUACGACCCCGCCGCCGAAGAAGAAUACUUCGCCCCAGCCCGUGCGGCCUAUACCUCCCGCCUCACCAAACGCGCCGCAACCCUCUCCGACCACGAACUCGUAAACGCAAAGAAACGGCGUACGGAGAUCCAUGCUUCUCUUUUGAACAGGUUCGCGGAGAAAGCGAAGAGGUCGGAGCAGAAGGCCCAGUUGGAGGAUUUGACGGAGGUUGUGGAGAGGACGGUUGUCGAGAUUGAGAGGUUGAAGGCAGAGAGGAGGAAGAGGAGGCAGGCGGAGCGGAAGGCGGCCAAGUCUCUCGAGGAUGAGAUUAUGGGCAGUGCUCCUGCAGAGGGCACGAGUGUAGUUGAACAAGUGCCUGUUGUGCCUCCGCCGAGUACGAAGAAGGGCAAAAGUAAGGCGAAGGAGCCUGUUGAGUUGACGGACGAGGAAAAGGACAGACAAGCGGUGGAGUUUAAGGGGAGGAAGGAUCAGGCGAUCGUGGAUAUCCAGGCGCAGAUUUGGAGGGAUAUCGCGAAGAAGGAGAUUCCGAAGAUUUACCGUUUGCAACAGCAGAACUUGGCCAAUAAGAAUCUGAACAUGCGGAAGACUGCGCAGACUGCCUCGAAGGAAGCGAGGCGGUGGCAGACAAAGACGACGCAGGCGCUCAAGAUGCAACAAGCAAAGGCCAAGAGGACGAUGCGCGAGAUGCUCGUGUUCUGGAAGAAGAACGAAAAGGAGGAACGUGACCUCCGAAAGAAGGCCGAAAAGGAAGCCACGGACAAAGCUAAGAAAGAGGAAGAAAUGCGCGAAGCGAGGAGACAGCAACGCAAGUUGAACUUUUUGAUUACGCAGACGGAGUUGUAUUCUCAUUUCGUUGGGAAGAAGAUCAAUACGGAGGCGGCGGAACAGAUGGAUGGGGAUGCGCCUGUGCGGGCGAAGGCUGAUGCGCCAGGUGCUGAGGAUGGGGAUGUCGAGAUGGGUGAUGCGGGUGAGGACCUGGAGAACGGGGGCAAGUUCGACGAUAUGGAUUUCGGGUCGGAUGAUGAAGCUGCACUCGAAGCUGCUGCGAAGAGAAACGCGCAGAAAGCUGUCCGGGACGCACAGAAUCGCGCCAAGGCCUUCGACGAAAGUGUAAAAAAUACCGAGGCUGCGGCUGACAUGAAUGAGGAGAGUGGAGAGCUGAACUUCCAGGAUCCGACUGGGAUGGGUGAUAUCGAGAUCAAGCAACCCAAGAUGCUGGCCUGUCAGCUCAAGGAGUACCAGCUCAAGGGUCUCAACUGGCUCGUCAACUUGUACGAACAGGGUAUCAACGGCAUUCUUGCCGACGAAAUGGGCCUUGGAAAGACGGUACAGUCCAUCUCGGUUAUGGCAUAUCUUGCUGAAGUUCACAACGUCUGGGGACCCUUCUUGGUUAUUGCGCCCGCUUCCACGUUGCAUAACUGGCAGCAGGAAAUCAGCAGGUUCGUGCCAAAGAUGAAGGCGUUGCCGUAUUGGGGAAGUGCGAAGGACCGAAAGGUUUUGCGUAAGUUCUGGUCGACGAAGUCGCAGACGACGUAUACCGAGGAUGCGCCAUUUCAUGUGUUGAUUACUUCGUAUCAGCUCGUUGUGCAGGAUGCGCAGUAUCUGCAGAGGGUCAAGUGGCAGUACAUGAUUCUCGACGAAGCUCAAGCUAUCAAAUCCUCGCAGUCGUCCCGAUGGAAGGCGUUGUUGGCGUUCAACUGCCGUAAUAGGUUGUUGCUUACUGGUACGCCUAUCCAGAACACCAUGCAGGAAUUGUGGGCGUUGUUGCAUUUCAUCAUGCCGACGCUUUUCGAUUCUCACGAUGAGUUCAGUGAGUGGUUCUCCAAGGAUAUUGAGAGUCAUGCGCAGAGUAAUACGCAGUUGAACCAGGCGCAGUUGAAGAGGUUGCAUAUGAUCUUGAAGCCUUUCAUGUUGCGUCGUGUCAAGAAGAACGUGCAGUCUGAGUUGGGCGACAAGAUCGAGCUCGAUGUUUACUGUGAUAUGACGCACCGUCAGCGGAUGCUGUACAAGGCUCUGCGUGACAAGAUUUCCAUUGCUGAAAUCAUUGAGAGGGCUGCCCAUGGUGGUGACGACUCUGUCGACAGUUUGAUGAACAUCGUCAUGCAGUUCCGUAAGGUGUGUAAUCACCCUGACCUGUUUGAGCGGUCGGACGUCACGUCGCCGUUUAGUUUGGCUACAUUCGGUGAGUCGCGUGCGAUGAACCGCGAAGGGAAGCAGCUCGAGAUGGCAUACUCUACGCGUAACAUCAUCCAGUACGAGGUUCCCAAGUUCCUUUACAGGGAGGGCGGUAUGCUGCAUGUUCCUUCUGCGUACACCAAUGCCGGCAUGAGGAAGAAGGUUCUCAGCAUGUUUGAUGUAUGGUCUGCUCAACACCUGAACGAGGAGGCUGAAAAGGAGGGCGCUUUCUCCUGGCUUCGAUUCAUUGAUGCGUCUCCUGCGGACGUCUCGAAGGCUUUCCAUGAGCCCCUGUUGAAGAGAGCGUUGGAGCUUCGUCGACAAAAUCGUGAUUAUGCCAGGAUUUCCGCUGUUUACGAGGACGAAAAGGAGGUUCCGGCCUCGCAACUCUUGUUCUGCAACGAUGCCGCAAAGCGCGAUUGUUUGGCGGGGCAGACAAAUGAGGGCGUUAUGGCAUCCUUGCUUUCUGUUUCAACGACCUACGUCCAAGAAGAAAACAUGCGCAGGAUGGAUCCCGUCUUCGUCUCCAAGGCCAGUGCUCCUCCAAUCGAGCUGCAUUGCCCUGACAGGUCCGCUGUGAUCGAGCAGGAGAACGCUCUUUACGACGCUCUUUCGCGCAAGUCGCUCUUUGGUAUCUCACCUGCCAUUGAGCUUAAGGCUGUGCAAGAAAGCCGCAAGCUUGAUCCUGUCACCGAUGUUGUCGGCGGUCUCAUGCCUCGACCUUCAUUGGAGAAGGCUGGAUUCAACAACAUCCGCGUUCCUUCGCUGGACCGCUUCAUCGCAGACUCUGGCAAGCUCGCCAAGAUGGAUCAGUUGUUGAGGAAACUUCACUCUGAGGGUCACCGUGUCCUUGUCUUCUUCCAGAUGACCAGGAUGAUCGACCUCGUUGAGGAGUACCUUGCUUACCGCAACUGGAAGUACCUUCGUUUGGAUGGUUCUACUAAGGUUGAAGACCGUCGCGACAUGGUCAUUGACUGGCAGACGAAGCCCGAGUUGUUUGUUUUCUUGCUUUCCACUCGUGCUGGUGGUUUGGGUAUCAACCUCACUGCGGCCGAUACUGUCAUCUUCUACGACUCCGACUGGAACCCGACUAUGGACAGUCAGGCCAUGGACAGAUGUCAUCGUCUCGGCCAAACGAAGCAGGUUACUGUGUAUCGUCUCAUCACCCGAGGCACGAUUGAGGAGCGUAUUCUCAAGCGUGCUAAGCAGAAGGAGGAGGUGCAGAAGGUUGUCAUCUCUGGUGGUGACUUCCAAGCUCAGCCCAAGGGAGUCGAUUUCGGAAAGACCCGCGAGGUCGUUUCUUGGUUGUUGGAUGAUGAUACCUUGGAACAAAAGCUCAUGGAGCAACAAGAGGCCGAAAACAGGGCUAACGAGGAAGCCGCAAAGAGCGGCAAGAAACCGAAGGGCAAAGGAAAGAAAAAGUUGGGUGCGGACGUAUUGGGAGCCGGGGAGGAUGCUACGAGGUCCCUGGAGGACUUCUACCACGAAGGAGAAGGGAACUUUGAAGACCGGUCUGGUACCGCUACGGGCGCUGGGACUCCAGUUCCUACGAAAAAGAGAGCAGCUCCGAAAAGUUCUGCAAAGCCGGCGAAGAAGAAGAAGACCGCUGCUGAGCUAGCUGGCAAUGGCGAUAUUGACGUGGAGAUGACCGACAUCUAG